AUGUCAGCAAUUGAUGAAUGUAAGCAAGAGAAGAAUAGUGUGCUGAAUACGCACAAUGAGACAAGAGGCUUCCAAGUGGAAAGAGGACGAGCUGUGGAUAGCCCUCUGGGUCAGCUCGAUCCUUCCAGAAUCACACAUAUGGUUGUUGAUCAAGCUGGAUUGGGCGCAUCAGCUGAACACUGCAGUAGUAGCGGUUUCAUUGCAGGACCACCGCAGCAGCAUUGGACUUGUUCCUCUCCAGCAGCAGCUCCUAUCAUGUCUACUCUCUCCAGAGUUAUGGAUGGGUGUGGCCAAAUGCAACCCCGAAUGGGUACUCCUACGAAUGCUAUGCAUAUGCAGCAAGGAACCAUUAGCAGUCCAUCAAUAGGAAGUGCUCCCAUGACACCUCAACACAUGGUGCAGCAUCAGCAGCAAGCCAUGGUGCAAGGCCAACAAACUCCUACGGGCCAGUUUGAUCAAACUGGAAGAUUUGCGCAGCAUCAGCAAGGAUAUCUUCAGGGUGUUCCAGAAAGUCCAGGCUCUGUGCAGCAGCAGAAGGUGAUGAAUGGUUCUGGUGGUCAACCUGAUAACUCUUCCGGAAUGGUGCACACUAGACAACAAAUGAUGAUAGGUCAGCAGCAACAAAUAAUCAACCUCCAACAACAACAGCAAAUGAUGAGCCAGCAACAACCUAUAAUUGGUCAACAGAUGAUGGUACCUCAGCAAAUGACGAUGAUGGAUGCCAGCUCACAGCAGUACUACGCGCAGCAGAAUCCACAGGCUCAAUGGACUCAGCAGCAGCAGAUGCAACAGACUCAAUUUGUACGACAACCUCAAAUGAUAGGACCUCAAGUAGGUCAACGUGUGAUGGUUCAACGUGUUCUAUAUCCUUCUGGCCCAGCCGUUUCAUAUCCGUGGCCACUCGGAGCUUUGCUUUUCCCCUUUAUGACUCCUCCGCGUGUCUAUUUCCUUCUUCGUUCGCCUCAAGUUGGUAGCAUGCCGUUCUCAGAAAGUGAAAACGCGCAUGCAAACGGCUGCUAG